UUGCCCUCCCGGAUUGCUGAUACGCUGUUCUGAAAAAAGAAACAGGAAACUCUGGGAUUGAGAUGGGUCGUCUACUUUAACAUACAGGUGUCAAGCAUGUCCUUUGGUGGAUAAUUAAGAAAAUUAGCUGAAUUGUGUAAAGUUUUUUGCUUAUUAUUUAUUGCCUUUAUGGACCCAAGAAGCCAACCAAACGACCGAAAAUAGCUAGCUCUCUUGUUUGUCCGUUAAUUGACCGAAGGUAGCUCGCGCUCUCCGGCUAGCCUUCCGUUUGUAGGAACAUACAACAAUCACCUCACCUGCUUAUCGAUUGUUCAACUGCUGUCUCCGACAUCGAACAUUUUAAGAUGACCACAUAACUUCUUUCUACUACAAAUAUAUAAUGUAUGCUUUUAGUUAGGUACAAUGGUGCACCUAGAGCACACGCGCACAGCGAGAGAACUGUUGUUGCUCAGUUGGAAUCAGUUACCCCGUAACACACUCAGUCAGCUAGAAGUAACGGUUUGAAUGAAGGUCAGUCCAGUGUAAGAAGCGUGAAGUCCGUCGUCUUGUCGGGACUUGGGACAUGUCAUUUCAAUCAGAAUGCAUUUUGGUGGCACCAUUAGUAGGAGCAGUAGCCGCAGUCCCGACAAUGACUCCACGUCGUCCGGGACAGUUUAUUCCUCCUCUUCCCCGUUUUUUCUGGCGGCCGCUACCCUCGGUCUUGCAACAGUGGCACUUUUCCAGUUUGGUGACGGGGGGUUUACAGUGACAUCGUUUUUCUUGAACCUUUUCAUUUACGUGUCCUUCGUCCUCAUUUGUUUUUUGCUUGGAUGUUUUGUGCUACUUGCGAAGAAGAGUUCCCCUAAAAUCCACAAGUUUGAUACAGUGAACAGGAAUACGACGCACUUAUUGGAUUUGUUUUAUAAGAUGAUGGGUCGCUUUCCGGGGCCUUCGUCAGACCUGGUGCAGAUGAGGCGGGUGGUGAUCUCGCACAACGUGGACAAGGCCCUGAAGGAAGUGUUUGACUACAGCUACAGGGACUACAUCCUCUCCUGGUACGUGGCGCUGAGCCGGGACGAGGGGCAGCUGUACCAGUUGCUGUCUGAGGACUUCUGGGAGACGGCCAGGCAGCUGCGGAGCCGGCUGGCCGACGUGGACGUGGUGACCGUGGUCUGCAACGACAUCGUCAAGACCCUGCACUCCCACUUCUGCGACCUCAAAGCCGCCAACACCAGGCACGAGGAGCAGCACAGGCCCUUCCCCCUGCACCCGUGCCUGCGCAGCCCGGAGGACGAGCUGCGCUUCCUGCGCUCCUGCGCCCGCCUGCUGGUGCUGUGUCUGAUGCCCGCUCGCGACGCCCGCUCCUACAGCCUGCGCGUGGUGCUGGCCGAGGUCUUCGCCACCAAAGUGCUGAAGCCCAUGGUGGAGGUGCUGAGCGACCCGGACUACAUCAACCGCAUGCUGCUGGCCCAGCUGGAGCACCGGGAGCAGGUCAGUGAGCACCACAAGAAGGCCUACACCUACGCCCCGUCCUACGAGGAGUUCAUCAAGCUCAUCAGCAGCAGCUCCGACGUGGAGUUCCUCAAGCAGCUCAGAUACCAGAUCGUCGUGGAGAUCAUCCAGGCAACCACCAUCAGCAGCCUACCUCAGCUGAAGAAGCAGAAAGACGGCAAAGGGAAGGAGACGGCGGCCAUGAAGGCGGACCUGCUGCGCGCGCGCAACAUGAAGCGCUACAUCAACCAGCUGACCGUGGCCAAGAAGCAGAGCGAGAAGAGGAUCCGGCUGCUGGGGGGGCCCGACUACGAGCAGCAGGAGGAGGGGGGCGCCGACGAGGGAGACGCCCCCCAGAGCCAGAAGAUCCUGCAGUUCGAGGAGAUCAUGUCCAGCUCGGCCUACCGGGGCUACUUCCGAGCCUACAUGGAGAGGGUGGACAAGAGAGCCCUCAUCAGCUUCUGGGAGCUGGUGGAGACGCUGAAGACCGCCAAUAAGAAUGAGGUCCCCCAGCUGGUGGGGGAGAUCUACCAGAACUUCUUUGUGGAGAGCCGGGAGAUCCCGGUGGAGAAGGCCCUGUACAAGGAGAUCCAGCAGACACUGGUGGGGAACAAGGGCACGGACGUGUUCCACAAGAUCCAGGGCGACGUGUACGAGACCAUGAAGGAGCGCUACUACCCGUCCUUCCUGGUGAGCGACCUGUACGACAGGCUCCGGAAGAGGGAGGAGCAGCACAGCAACUCCAAGGCCUGCGGGGAGGACAAGGACGAGAUGUGCCAGGCCAUCGAGAGCGGAGAGGAGGUGCUGGACGAGGGCAGCCACUGCAUCAACGUGCAGGCCAGCUACGCCACCAGCAAGCUGCACCAGCUGCACGACAAGCUGGAGUACAAGCGCCAAGCCCUGGAGUCCAUUCAGAGCGCGCCCAAACCCGACAAAAAGAUCGUGUCCAAGCUGAAGGAGGAGAUUGGGACCAUGGAGAAGGAGCACAGUGACCUGCAGCAGCACAUCUCCAGGACUGACUGGUGGUGUGAGAACCUGGGCAUGUGGAGGGCCAUCGUCAGCAGCGGAGAGGCCGUGGAGGAGAACGGGGAGCAGAUGCCGUGCUACUCCGUGUCCGUCAGCCUGCUGGACGCGGACGACUCCACGAACAACCGCUGGGCCGUCACCAGGAAGCUGAGCGAGUUCCAGGCUCUGUACAGGAAGCUGACGGAGUGUUUUCCUUCCCUCAAAAAGGUUCAGCUGCCCUCAGUCAGCAAACUGCCCUUCAAAUCCAUAGACCAAAAAUUCCUGGAAAAAUCGAAGAACCAGCUCAGUACCUUCCUGCAGAAAAUGCUGACGGACGAGCGCCUGUGCCAGAGCGAGGCGCUGUACGCCUUCCUCAGCCCCUCCCCCGAGCACCUGAAGGUCAUCGACAUCCAGAAGAAGUCCUCCUUCUCCCUGGCCUCCUUCCUGGAGAGGCUGCCCGGAGACUUCUUCUCCCACCAGGAGGAGGAGGCUGAGGAUGACAGUGACCUGUCUGACUACGGGGACGAGACGGAUGGGAAGAAGGAGUCUCUGGCUGAGCCCUGCUUCAUGCUGAUUGGAGAGAUCUUUGAGCUCAGGGGCAUGUUCAAGUGGGUGCGGAAGACGCUGAUCGCGCUGGUCCAAGUCACGUUUGGGCGGACCAUAAACAAGCAGAUCCGGGACACGGUGCACUGGAUCUUCAGCGAGCCCAUGCUGGUGUACUACAUCAACGUGUUUCGGGACACGUUCUGGCCCAACGGGAAGCUGGCGCCCCACAACAAGAGCCGGUCCGAGUCCGAGCGCCGGGAGACCAAGGAGAGGGCCCAGCAGAAGCUUCUGGACAACAUCCCCGAUGCGCUCCAGAACCUGGUGGGGCAGCAGAACGCUCGCUACGGCAUCAUCAAGAUCUUCAACGCCCUGCAGGAGUCCCAGGCCAACAAGCACCUCCUCUAUAUCCUGAUGGAGAUGGCCCUGAGAGAACUGUGUCCUGAACUGGCCGUGGAGGUGGACCAAGUGUGACCCCCCCCCCUUACCCCCACCCUUAAACCCCGAAUACCAGACCAGGGACAAAACUUCAAGUACUUCUCAGAAAAAAAACUGAGCUAACACUCAGCGAAGAUGAUGUCCCCACAACCCAGAGAGACAAAGCUAGCAUAACUGACAAAGACCAUAAGCCAGACACUAUGAAGGAUAAUUUCCUGCCAAUCUUUAUGGCUGCAUUGCACAAGCAAGAUAGACAAUGAAGAGGAAGUGUAUUAAAUGACCAAAUGUAGAAGUAGGCACACUAGAGACAUGUAGUUAUUGUCUGUCAAUUCACAUAGACGCACAGGAAAACAAAACCACGAUGAAGGGAAUUUAUAUUUCUCUGUUUAGACACUGACAAAACCCAUACAGUCCAGGAAAGAAUAUGUCUAUUAGCUGAAAUAUGACACGAUCUACACUAUUGUAGAGGAGCAGGCUUAGAAACAGAUUCAGUCUGACUGCUUUGUUCUGCCCUUAAUUUACAUGCAAGAUUUUUCUCCAUUUCUACAGUAUGUCAUUUUGCAUUCAUUGCUAUGUAUCAUUUUACGUUCAACUGCCGAAAGCAAAAGCCCAUGUGUUCCCAAAAUUAUUAUUAUUUUUUGUUUUUGGUUAACGUAAAGACAUAGCGCUGUGCAGUUAGAUUGAAUCUGGCCUUGACGAAAUCGUCUUUAUUUCUUUUUCCAUUCCUGAUGCACAACCUAUCUGAACUUACUUGAUGACACGCCGUCGGAAAACGGGGCGGAGAAAUCUUAAACCAUUUGUCUUUACUUUUAAAUUCCCCCCCCCCUUAUGUAUUUAAAUGGGGGGCGGAGGGUAACCAGUGGUAGCUGCCAGUUUCUGUCACAGAGAGCCGGCCAUCGUUACGGACUCUGUGAAGGUCUUAUUUAUUUACGUGAAUAGUUACAGAAUGGUGAACGUUGUACUUACGAUGAGAAGACAAACAAAAAAAAGAAAACAUUCCUUGGAAGUUUUUUUGUUUUGUUUUGUUUUGUUUUUGUGUCCAUUAAAUGGCUUAAUUGUGCAAUACUUCA